AUGGUAACGGUGCGUAGGCCGUGGCCUGCCCUGGCCGCAGUGCUGCUGGUCCUGCUCGCCUGCCUUGGGGCGCUGGUGGACGCCUACCCUUCCAAGCCAGAAGCUCCAGGCGAAGACGCGUCCCCCGAGGAACUGAGCCGCUACUAUGCUUCCCUGCGUCACUACCUCAACCUGGUCACCCGGCAAAGGUAUGGGAAACGCGAGAGCUCGGAAGCGCUUCUGUCCAAACUGCUGUUCCCCGAUGGCGAGGAUCGUGGGGUCAGAUCGCGGUCAGAAGGUGCCUACCCGUGGUGAUGAUCGCCGAGGCCUCCCGGGAGACUUGCUAACUACACCUGCGUCUCUUGCAUAUUUGCUGCCGACCCUGGAACCUGGAUCUUUUCCCGCCUGCUGCACGUUGGGAGCGGGGUGGGGAGGGGACCCUCUGCCCAUUUCUCCGUGUCCCUGUCCCCUGGAUUGGGGGGCUGCGUGUGGCCCUUCCCCCAUCCCACAAUA